GCGGGCGAGACGCACAAGCAAGUGGUAGCGCGCAUCAAGGAGCGAGGCGACGACGCCGAGCUGCUGGUAGUGGCGCCCGCGCCCGGGGAGCCCGUCCCCGACCUGGACGCGCCAGAGCGGCCCGUCAACAACACCGCGGCCUCCUCGAACGACUCCACACCCACUACCGGUUCGACCGGCUCGGACAGGACCGAUGGAGCAUCCCCGGAGCCACCCCGUCUCAACCUGCAGAUGACGGCAGCGGAGAUGCGCGCUUACUUAGCGGCUAAAAAGAAAGUAGACCCAAAAAAGGUGCCAAUGGAUCUCAAAUCCAAGUUCGAUAUCGUUAAGAAGUUGUGAGGUGCCGUGUAGUGUGUGCGUGAUGCGAGCUCGCGUGUCGAUUAAACGCCCUGUUGUACAUAAUGGAGGCGCUGUUGCCUAUGCGCAGGUGCAAUGCGGUGUUGCCAGCCCGCGCCGUGACAUCAGUACUCUACCGUGUCAUGUUUGAUUUGUGAUCGUAUCCCUGUACAAUUUUUUGUAUCAUAAUAUUACCGAAA